GAUCCACCCCUUCUAUGUGAGAUUUCCAAGCGUCAUGUCUGUUCAGUUAGGCUGCACAGAUUCACAUACACACACAUGUAUAUAUGUAUACACAGAGUUGGCGGUAACAAAAGGAGCAGCAGCGGCGGCUACAAAAUCCACAGGAAGUCUGCAUUCUGAAACUUCCAAUCACAGGCUUCAGGCUAAGAGAAACUGACAAUGGGUCGUCAUCUUCUUCUUCUUCUCUUUCUGCUGAUUUUGAUGUCAUUUUCCGCAAGGUGCCAUUCAUGGGGUUGGUUCUCUUCUUCAACCGAGACUCCUGCCUCUGCUGAUAACCCUUCACAAAGAAAAGAUUUUUCCAGUGGUUCUGUAGCAGAAUUUUCAAUGGAUGGCUUUAGAGAUGAGAAGGGAUUGAAGCUGGUCGAAAAUGCCAGAAAUAAAUUGGCAGGUUCAAAUUCUUGUUGGCAAAAUGCUUAUCAACAGCUCUUAGCCGGCUGCUCACAGAUUCUUGCCGUUGAAGAGAAGAGGUCAAGAUUUGCUUGGCAUCUGAGUGAUUGCUUCCAAAGGGACUCCGGGAGAUCACCUUUUCCUCACUGUGACACAAAAUCUGCGAUGGUUAACUGUCUCAAGAAGUUGAAUGAAAAUGAGCAUAAGGUUUUUCUUGCCUUCUCACUUGAAACCAACUCCAUCUGCUAUCAGUUACAGUCACAUUCCUUCAAGCAUAAAAUGGAGAUACUAGUGAAUGAUCUUAAAAGUUCAGCAGAAUACACCACAGACCAAUUAGAAAUCAUACAAGAGAGAACAUAUUCCCUAUCAAAGAGCUCAAAUCAGAUUCACGAAACCUUAAGUUCAAUUGAUUUUCGUGUUCAAAAUGUAGCUCAAACCAUGAACGGUGUAAAGGAUCACAUGGAUGUUUUAUCUCAGCAUUCAGAAUCUGUUUAUAAGCAAUCCAGAGAAAUAGCUGAUUCUCAAUCUGAACUGCGACAAGAACAGGCAAGAAUGAAUGACAAGUUGAAAGAAGGAAUGGCAACCAUUCAUGAUUCUUACACAGAUUUGGGCCAACAAGUGAACAGUUUGAGGAACGAGGCUGCUGAGAUUGAGAAGCAGAUUGAUAUAGUUGGAAAAACUAUGUCUUCAAGGAUGCAAAAUUUGCAGAAUACAGCUGAUGACAUUGAGGAUAAGGCAGGGAAAUCCUUGGACAAACAAGAACAACUUCUAGAUGGGCAGUCCACUGCACUCAAGGGCCUGCAGCUCCUAACUGAAUUUCAAUCAGAAGCACUAGAAGAGAGCAGGAGCACUCUUGAAAGACUAGCAGAAUAUGGCCGUAAACAGCAGGAAGAGCUUCUCCAGCGGCAAGCACAGCUUCAACAAGUACACGACAACUUGAUCGACAAUUCAAAGUCAAUACUGGAAGCUCAGGAAGCUUUUGAAUCAAAGCAGGCAACCAUGUUCAUAGCACUGGAUAGGCUGUUUGCUCUGCAUAAUGCUAUGUUACUUGAAUCGCGAAUAAUUAAAUCAUUCUUCAUCUACACAAUGUCAAUCUUUAUCAUCUACAUGUUCACCAGCACAAAACAAACUUACAAUGUACGGGCCAGGCUAUACAUGGGUCUCUGUGCUACAUUCUUGAUAGAAGUUGGAAUACUCCGAUUGACAGCAAAUAAUAUUGAACAGCAAGCAUGGUUGAUUAAUUUGGUCAGGUCAUUCUAUGUACUUCUCUCAACCCUGCAGUUUCUACACGCCAUUUAUACAUACAGGGACUAUGAAGUUAUGAAUCAUCAGAUGAUACUGGCAUUGAUUGAUAAGGUUAAUGACAUGCAAAGGAAUAAAGGGUGGUCAUGGGAAGCAGACAGUGAUGUCAACUGGCUUUCAUGGGUUGAAACAGAGCUCCCAGAUGAAGUUGAUAACUUGGAAGAUCCUGACUACAUAAUUCCCGAAGAAGUUGGAGAGAAUUCAAUUUCAAUAACUUCCAUAAGAAGAAAAUAUGAUCUCCGCUCCCGCCGUCGCUGAAAGAUUCUUGACCGUAGCACAUUAGAUCAGGACAGGAUCAUUUGGCUAUAUUUUGUCUAAUUCAGUAUAUCUUGUAACAAUAUGUUUCCUCAGCUACUCUUUUAUAACAAUUUCUUGUGGAGUCAAAUUCUCAUCAGUCAAAGGAAUAGCCUCCCGCCUCUGAUUUCCAUAUAAA